UAAACAGGGCGGAUGUUACGGAGACUCUGGGCUGCACAUUUCUCUGCAGAGCUUCUCUUGAAGAAUGUUGCCUCAAUCGUUUGUUGGAAAUGUAGGAAGGUUUGUGCACUCUGAUGCAGAGAAAGGGCUCGGACGGAGCUGAAAAAUACCCAUGAGUCAUAAUUUCUCAACUGUUCCCAUCAUGCUCCAGAUGUUUGUGAUGAUCUAUGUGCUGUCAGUUGUCGUCUCGCAGUCAACAAAUCCCCCAUCUAAGAGAGGUCGGAAUUUCACCAUCCACUCAUCCCAGCUGGUCUGCAGUCUGCCGGGCCCAGCGGGGCCUGCAGGGAACCCAGGAGCCCCUGGAUCACCCGGGGCCAUGGGCCCCAUGGGGCCCCCCGGGACAGACGGCCAAGAUGGGAAGGAUGGAGAGAAGGGAGAGAAGGGAGAUCAAGGUGAUCCAGGGAGACCUGGGAACCCAGGCAAACCGGGUGAGAAAGGUCGUGAGGGUAUUAUUGGCAAGGCCGGACCUCGGGGACUGAAAGGACAACGUGGAAAACCCGGAACAUCUGGAACCUGGGGACAAAAAGGAGAUGUGGGUGACAUGGGCGAGGAAGGAGCUCCAGGUGGUUGUAACUGUGGCAAGCAAGCACGAUCAGCUUUCUCUGUGGCUGUGACAAAGAGCUAUCCUAAAGAGCGCACGCCCAUCCGCUUCACCCGGAUCCUGCUGAAUGAAGGGAAUCACUACAAUGCCUCCAGCGGGAAGUUUGUCUGCGUUAUCCCUGGAGUUUAUUACUUUACCUAUGACAUCACACUGGCCAACAAGCAUCUCGCCAUCGGGUUAGUUCACAAUGGGCAGUACAAGAUCAAAACAUUUGAUGCAAACACUGGGAACUAUGACGUGGCAUCUGGUUCUACUGUUCUCCACCUGAAGGAGUCAGACCAGGUCUGGCUGCAGAUCUUCUACUCGGAGCAGAACGGACUCUUUUUUGAUCCCUUUUGGACAGACAGCACCUUUACGGGCUUCCUAAUCUACCCUGACCAGGAAUUUCUCAAUGAAGCAGAUAGAAAAGCAAAUGCUCAGGAUGAAAAUGAAUGAACUGUAAUUAAGAUUUAUAUCUAAUUGAACUUCACAAGUUUGGGCUUUGUGGAAUUUCAGUUGUUUAAGACAUUCGUCACCAGGAGGCGCACUAGGAAAGAAAGAAAAUCAACUGGAGGAAUCACACAAUAAAGCCUUAAUAGUGAACAAAAAACAUUUUACCUGAAAUAUUAUGCCCUGUUCUCAUAAAAUAUUUAAAUUUAUGUAACCCAAAAUAAUUUAAUUCUGUUUCUUUUUUUUAAACUCCUUGAUAGGAGAUGGCACAGUGCCUUCUUCUUUUUCCCCCCUUUUCCCUUUAUUAACCAUUAUAAAACACAAUUUGAAAUAAAAUCUAAAUUAUAUUGUAAGAUAAAUUAUUUUACAGUGUUUGUGUUUUUGAGUCAAAACUGGUUAGCACUGUCCUGGUCCCUGUGUGGAAUUUUCAUGUUCUCUCCAGGUUCCUCCCACAGUCCAAAGACAUGCAAUUAGGUGGGUCAGGUUAAUUGGUGACUCUAAAUUGCCGGUAGAAUAUAAGUGUGAAUGGUUAUCUCUCUCUUUGUGUUGGCCCUGGCGACUUGUUCAGGGUGUACCCUGCCUGUCACCUGGGUUAGGCUCUAGCCCACCCCUGCAACCCUGAAUUGGAUAAGAGGAGGAGAAUAGGUGGAACAGUUUUUGAGUAUUUGUGUAUGGUUCAUUAACAUGGCGUGUAUUUUUGUGUUCAAGUUCAUAAUUACUUUCAUGACACAUAGAAGUGUAUUCUAUAAACUAACAUCUUUUAAAUAAAACUAAUAAGCAUUUUAGAAAUCAAAUAACUCAUCUUAGAGUUUUAUUAAUUUAAUUAAAUGUAAUUUCUACCGAUUGCGCCACUGGAGUUUUGCACAUACUAUCAAUUUAAAUGGCAUUUUACUUGAACACUUGUAUUAACUCGUAUUGCAUCACUUUUUUAUGCCCAAAAAUUUUUUUGAACAAACUGAAAAUUUAUUCAACUCAAAAAGUUUUUCUUCCAGCGAGACAUGAAAUUAAUAAAUGAUUGUAAACAGAAAUGAUGCACUAGGAUAAAAUAAUAUGCAUGUCAUGCCAAUCACAUGUGUAUCAAAUUAUAUAAAUAUUAACCUGCAGUUUUGUAUUUGUAGAAAAUUUUAAAAUUAUUUCUCACUUAAAGUCAUCAUGCUCAAGGUUGCUUCACGGGCUGAAUUGCUUAAUAGAAUUCAGGUUAACACUUUAUAAUACAAUCUGUGAUUAAGGGCAUAAUCCUCCUGCAAUUAAAUCAAAUUUUAAGGUAUUUUGUUUUAAAUUAUAAUGUAAUUUUCCUAAAAAUACUUAAAGGUAGAUACGUUAGAAUAAUAUGUAUGUAUUUAUAUGUAUUUGCAUUUGCAUGUAUACAAUUUUAUGUAGCACAUGAGUAAUUUAAGUAAUACACAACUUCAUGUAACUUACAGGAGAGAAGAAAUAGUGACAUUUUAAGUCAUUUUAAGUAGUGUCAAACUUCCGGGUAUUUUACAGGAAAGGAGACAAAAAUUAUACUGUGAGUAAAUUUAAAUACUGCAUAAACAAUUUUAAGUACCAUACUACAUACUUUCCUGGUAAUUGUGCCAUCUUAAAUUAUAAGUACAUUAUGCUUUUUGGGUUGUUGGCCGUAUUAUAGAGUGAAUUUAAGUUACG